UUCAGUUGUUUCGUAAAUUUUGGCAUUGAAAGAUGUACGCCGCACGAUGGAUAAUGCUAUGCACCAUUUUUGUGUUUGACCUGGGAUCUCCGCAGACUCUGGAGGACGAUUGCGUAGCCAUAGACCAGAAUGAUGGGAGAGGACGAUCCAGCUAUGCUCCUUGGCUGGCAGAAAUUAUAUCGAAUUCCACAGUAAUCUGCGCUGGAACGCUUAUCAACAAUCGUUAUGUUCUAACAGCUGCGAGCUGCUUUCAAAAGCAAAAAGAACUAACUGUUCGCUUGGGAAGUGGUUAUUCUAAUAAGAGUGUCGAAAAUUUCCGAGUUUCAAGGGCCCUUCUACCUAACCCAGAUUAUCAUGAGAGCACUUUAUGCAUGUUUCGGUUGCAAACGGAAGUCAAAUUCAAGAUCCACAUACGACCCAUGUGUAUCAUAAAAUAUUCUGAUAUCCAAACUCAAGUCGGUCCGACAUUUGAAAUAUUCAAUGAAAAUCUCCUAAUAUGGUGUAAAAUCUUUCAGUAUUCCGGUAGUUCUUUUGACGAAGAUAUAAGGAAAAUAUAUUUACAGUCCAAGCUCAUUGGGAGUCCUUGGACUGAUACGAUCGCAAACGGUCCUUUAAAGGGCAUGGUUCGAUAUGGAAUUCUUACGAAUCGUGACACAACAACUUUUAAUGACGUUUAUAUUAAUGUUAUGACCCACAUUAGCUGGAUAUCUCGGAUCGCGUUAGACAUUCAUAUAAGUACUCCGAAUACAACGAUACAAACAAAUAUUUAA